GAGGCGGCGCCUGCUCCCACUCCGCGGCCGUUCGAGUAGCGGCGGCGGCGGCGGCGGUGGCGGCUCGGCGCCUCCUUUCCCUCAGGCGGCUUCCCCACGCGCUGCCCAGGGCGCCCGGCCGCGCAGGGACACACGCGGCCGGCUCCGCUAUGGCCCGCACCCCGCGACGUGGCGAGCGGGCACGGGGGCGCCGGACGGCGCGGCCCGAGUGAGGCGGGGCCGCCCUCCCCGCCCUCGGCCGGGACCGCCCGGGAUGGCCGUGCCGCCGCUCCGCCGGGCGCUGCUGCUGUGGCAGCUGCUGGCUGCGGGCGGCGCGGCGCUGGAGAUCGGCCGCUUCGACCCGGAGCGCGGGCGCGGGCCGGCGCCGUGCCAGGUGGUGGAGAUCCCCAUGUGCCGCGGCAUCGGCUACAACCUGACCCGCAUGCCCAACCUGCUGGGCCACACGUCGCAGGGCGAGGCGGCCGCCGAGCUGGCCGAGUUCGCGCCGCUGGUGCAGUACGGCUGUCACAGCCACCUGCGCUUCUUUCUGUGCUCGCUCUACGCGCCCAUGUGCACCGACCAGGUCUCGACGCCCAUCCCCGCCUGCCGGCCCAUGUGCGAGCAGGCGCGCCUGCGCUGCGCGCCCAUCAUGGAGCAGUUCAACUUCGGCUGGCCGGACUCGCUGGACUGCGCCCGGCUGCCCACGCGCAAUGACCCGCACGCGCUCUGCAUGGAGGCGCCGGAGAACGCCACGGCCGGCCCCACCGAGCCCCACAAGGGCCUGGGCAUGCUGCCCGUGGCGCCGCGGCCCGCGCGGCCCCCCGGCGACGCCCUCCCGGGCGCCGGCGGCACCUGCGAGAACCCGGAGAAGUUCCAGUACGUGGAGAAGAGCCGCUCGUGCGCGCCGCGCUGCGGGCCAGGCGUCGAGGUGUUCUGGUCGCGGCGCGACAAGGACUUCGCGCUGGUCUGGAUGGCCGUGUGGUCAGCGCUGUGCUUCUUCUCCACCGCCUUCACCGUGCUCACCUUCCUGCUGGAGCCGCACCGCUUCCAGUACCCGGAGCGCCCCAUCAUCUUCCUCUCCAUGUGCUACAACGUCUACUCGCUGGCCUUCCUGAUCCGGGCGGUGGCUGGGGCCCAGAGCGUGGCCUGCGACCAGGAGGCGGGUGCGCUCUACGUGAUCCAGGAGGGCCUGGAGAACACGGGCUGCACCCUCGUCUUCCUGCUGCUCUACUACUUCGGCAUGGCCAGCUCGCUCUGGUGGGUGGUGCUGACCCUCACCUGGUUCCUGGCCGCAGGCAAGAAGUGGGGCCACGAGGCCAUCGAGGCCCAUGGCAGCUACUUCCACAUGGCAGCCUGGGGCCUGCCAGCCCUCAAGACCAUUGUUAUCCUGACGCUGCGCAAGGUGGCGGGGGAUGAGCUGACCGGGCUCUGUUACGUGGCCAGUAUGGACGCAGCGGCGCUCACGGGCUUCGUGCUGGUGCCCCUGUCCUGCUACCUGGUGCUGGGCACGAGCUUCCUCCUGACCGGCUUCGUGGCCCUCUUCCACAUCCGCAAGAUCAUGAAGACCGGGGGCACCAACACGGAGAAGCUUGAGAAGCUCAUGGUCAAGAUUGGGGUCUUCUCCAUCCUUUAUACCGUGCCUGCCACCUGCGUCAUUGUGUGCUAUGUCUACGAACGCCUCAACAUGGACUUCUGGCGCCUGCGGGCCACAGAGCAGGCCUGCUCGGUGGCCCCCAUGCCCGGCGGCCGGAGGGACUGCUCACUGCAAGGGGGCUCGGUGCCCACCGUGGCUGUCUUUAUGCUCAAAAUCUUCAUGUCGCUCGUGGUGGGCAUCACCAGCGGCGUCUGGGUGUGGAGCUCCAAGACUUUCCAGACCUGGCAGAGCCUGUGCCACCGCAAGAUGGCAGCUGGCCGGGCCCGGGCAAAGGCCUGCCGGGCCCCCGGGGGCUAUGGCCGGGGCAGCCACGGCCACUAUAAGGCCCCCACUGUGGUCUUGCACAUGACUAAGACAGAUCCUUCUCUGGAGAACCCUACACACCUCUAGGGACACAGGCCUGCGUGGGGCGGCUGUGGCCCCCUCCUCGCCACCCCCUCCAGAGGAGACAGCUGACUAGCAGCUGCCCAGCUGUCAAGGUCAGGCAAGUGAGUGUGAGGGGCCGAGGAGCAGGGCGGGAGCCUCCUUCAACCCUCACUCGUUGGGACCCACUGAGGCUACUCCCCUGCUGCCUAGUGCAAGGGGCUGGGCCUGGCUGAGUCCCCACCGGGACCUGGGGGGGCACGUGGAGAGGAGGAGGGGCAGAAGGGGGUGUGGCCCAGCAGUUUAUUUAAUGAUGUAAUUUAUUGUGGAGUUUCUCUGGAAGCUGUGACUGGAAUAAACCCCCGUGUGGCAGUGCUGCGUCUUCUGUGGACUGGAAAGGGGGACGGUAGGACGGUGAGGGCCCUGGGGGAGCCUUUCCCUGUGAGCGGAGCUGGGAGUGGGCCUUCUGGCUUUCCAUCAAUCAGGGGAACACCCCGCCGGGGAAACAGCUGUGUUUUGCAGGAACCCCGGAUUCUGCGGUGGGUGUGUGCUCCCCUUGGCUCCGUUCGGUGGCCCGCUUGCCUGUCUGAGCCCUGGGUUCCUGCUUCCCAGAGUGAGACGGGGAUGUCUGCUGGGAGCAGUCAGGGAAUCCCCUGGGAUGACACGCCCCACUCUGGCCCCAGUGAGUCUGGCCUGUUUGGGAGCUGUGGGUAAGAGUGCUUUCCUCGACUUGCAUAAAAAAUGAGAGCAUCAGCCUUUCUCUAAGGCUCCCUCGGAGGCUCUGUGUCUGCUCCCACUGGCUGGCUGGGCCCUCUGUUCUUUCCCCGCGCCUGAGGGCCGGGGCCCCAGACUGCCCUCACUGCCGCUCAUGUGGCCGCUCACUCCUUGGGGCCUGUCAGGGCAGCCCCCCCGCAACCCCCGUCCUUCUGGGUGGAGAUGGGGCUGGACUCUUGGACAUCUACGGGCAUCUUGGGAGCAGACACGGGCACAGAGACAGCCCUCGAGGAGGGUGGGGAUUCGGUCCCCAGCUUCUAAAGGGCUGUGGAAAGACUGGAGGUGCUGAGCACAGCAGUGAGAAACGGGGCAGGUGUGUGCGCGUGGCUCCCUCCACAAGUAGCUCCCACGAUCACGAACCCGGAGAGGAAGAGGUGCUGCGCUGACCUACGUGCCGGGGCGGCCCUGGGGCUGCCGGGACCUGCGCUACCUCCAAGUGUGGCCAUCCCAGAAACCCUGGUCCCGUCUUAGGCUGGGCUGUGGCCGCUGUGACUCCAGCCGGGGGACGGGAGGCCCCGGGGUCCAGCCCGCUGCCAGUCAAGGGGAGCCCAAGGCCAACUGCUUCAUACAGUAGAACCAAGCCCCCAAACCCAGGGCCUCUCGGGCCAGAGCCCUUCCUGCCCCAACCACCAAUCACAGGAACAAGACAGACAUCAAGUAGAGAUCAAACAGAUGGUGUCAGCUCCCUCAAGAGAUGGAGAGAGGGCGGUCCCUCCCUGCAAGGAACAGCACUGACCCCUAAGGGGAUUUUGCAACCCUUAAUACUAUGAUUCUUGCAGGUGGAAUCCUCCCCACCCCCGUCCUUCCGUUCUCAUAGAGCACGGACAGCUAAGUCCUCAUGUCUGCUUUGACCAGCAAAGUCAAGUGACCCAAACAUUGCAACUUUUCCAGGGAGGGCCUAUGACUGAGAAACAGAAUGAGCUUAUUGCAGACAAGGGCAGUGCCUGAAGGCCUUGGCUGGCUCAGGAGCACACAGCCAGGGAGACUGGCCUCCAGAGCUGCUGUGACUUCACACCAUGGAUUCCACCGGGCCGUGGGGUGAGAUGGACACGGUGGGUGUUAACAACCUAGGGCAAAUUCAUCCAGAGGAACCUGCCCCACAGUGGGACCUCUCCCCACCCCCAAGAGACUCGAGCCCAAGAGAAGUGCCUCAGAAGCCAUCACCCUCCAACCUGUGCACUGCGUGUCUCUGCCACUUCCCUCAGGGGCCUGGCAGCCCCACACAGGGCCCCUCAGAGCAGCACGUCUAUGCGCGUGUCCACACCAGCCAAGCCUGAGUUUGUCCUUAACGGAACUUUUGAGCCCAGAUGGCAGGCAGCAGAAGUUCCAGGGAAACAACGCGAAAUUGCCUGGAGUCAGCAGGGGGAAUCUUGACUGAGGUCAGACUGAGAGGUCCUGGGGGUCAGCAGCUGCCCCACUCCCUGCUCAGGCCCUCGGGAGGAGGACGCGCCCAGCAGUCCUGGUGUGAAAAGGCUUGGGUGUCCUGGGCAGGGGGAGCAAUGAGUGACCUCCUACCAGGUUUGAGCGCCGGCCUCGGUAUCCUGCUGAGGGGACCCUGGCUCUCAGGGCGGUGGGGGCCUGGUCCCCUAGUGAAGCACUGCCCGGAGUAGCUGCUUUGGAAUCCAGCCACCAACUCGCUGCUACCUGACUGUCCCCUGCCCAGGAGACAGGAUUUGAGGAGAAAGACAAGUAGGCAAGACGAGGGAGAGGUCUCCCUUGAUCGCCAGAGUAAUGGCCAGACCCCUGUCUUCAGGAAAAAAGUCAUCUUGUCUCCAUUUGCAGUAGUGGAGCCAAGUCAGGCUUGAUUUCCCCCAAGGUCACAGCCUGCUAGGGCGGAUGGGCUGGGCUGGUGGACUAGGAUCAGGACACACACCCCGGGUGAGGUGACGGGGCCCGAGGCGCUGUCCUCGUGUGGCCUAAGAAGCCACCCCAGGAGCAGGACUUCACAGAUGCGGGUGAGCUGGGGCUGCAGGGACCGCUCACAGGUAGCACAGCUCCUCCAGAGCCUGAGGGCUGCUCAAAUCCAGCCUGACCUUGGGGCAAACCACUUCCUCCCUGUGGGACUGAGAAUCCCCCAGUGCUCAGGCCUGGCUCACUGCCCACGCUCACCAAGGCCACAGAGGCAGUCAACGGCAGAACCCACACCCAGCGCUUAGGUUUCUCCUCGGAUUUCGCCCUGUUUUUACCUUCUGCCGUCCCCGGCGCAGCGGUCGGGAACUGGUGGUCUCGCUGCUGUCACUGGGAUCACGCCCUACGAAACCCCGGGGUUCCACAGGCAGGUUGCCAGCCAGCAGUGACCCACUCCAAUCAACCAGUCUGACUAAAGAAAGGCUCCCGCGUAAAAUAUAAGUGAAGGCAUCAGUAAGACCAGACUGGCUACACAGUGGAACUGCUGAAGCUGAGUAGGGGGAAUUUGUUGUAAUUCUGCUGUGCAUGUUUCAAGUUUUCCUUGAAAACUGUUGUAAAAUAUCCAAAGCUUCCCCAAAAUUAAGUCCUGAAGGACCACAAAUUCCCACAGUGAAGCCUUAAAAAAAUUACUUUCUUCUAAUUCCCAGAAGUUUCCAACAGGACUGGGUGGGGGGUGGGGGUGGGGUAGGGGUUUGAAAUAGAGACAAGGCCAGGAGAGGCCUAAAGGCCACGGCUGCGAUUGCCCAGGGCAGCAGAAGGCUGUGCUGGAAGCAAAGAAAUGCAGUAGAUGGAUCUGA